AUGGAGGGACUCGCGGUUGCUCCCCAUGUCGUCCCCCGAGUCCCGACCACCCACCACCACCCCCAAUCUGAGUUCGCCGCGGCCAUUCCGCAACCGGCGCCGCCAGAAGCGGAGAAGAAGCAGCCAAUCAGCGACCUUGUGUGGCCCGCCGUCGGCGCAUUCGUGUCCUUUGCAGGAUUCGCGUUAGCGGACCAUCUGUUACAGUCACACGGCCUCACAGUCUCCCUGGGAUCCUUUGGUGCCGUCUGCUGUCUCCUCUUCGCCCUGCCGCAAGCAGCCGUCUCCCAGCGCAAGACCAUCUUGAUAGCCCACGUGGGAACAGCCCUCAUAGGAGUGGCGCUCUUCUGCCUGCUGGGGCCGUCAUGGCUCGCUAAGGCCACAGCAGUUGCUGCUUCUAUCGCGUUCAUGCAAUGCACCAACUCCGUCCACCCCCCUGCUGCCGGCCUCCCACUUAUUUUCCUCGACGCCCCCAAGUUUCAUCGCCUCAAAUGGUGGUACCCGCUCUUCCCAGGCCUUGUGGGCUGCCUCUGGCUUUUCCUUGUG